AUGCGCUUUGUUCCUGAUUUCACCGGGGCCUUAGGCCUGGCCCAUACUGCGCUGACUUCUCUCAACGUCACCCUAAGCCAGACUGGCAAUACUUUGAUCAAAGCUGUCGUUCAAAACGAUUGCCCAAACGAUAUAAGCUUCGUUUAUUACAACUUCUAUGGUGAUAGUGCCCCAGUCAAGGAAGUCUCUAUUUAUCGCAAUGGAACCCAAGUCGACUUCGAGGGAAUCCACCAAACCUACCGCUUGACCAAACUUACCUCUGACGCUGUGACCAACCUCGCUGCGGGUGCUAACUAUGAAGAUGAAUUCGACAUUGCCUCAAACAACGACCUCUCAGGGCGGCAGUUACCAUCUACUCUGAAGGAUACGUUAACCUCGUGA